CCUCACCUCGCAUCCAUCUCAGUGACCUCUGGCCGAGGGCCACAACCAACAUGAAGCUGAAUUUCUCCUCAUUCGCACUGACGCUGGCGCUGGCGGCGCCGCUCGUGUCUGCGGGGUUGUUCCCCACGAGCGGGGACUCGAAGGUGAAGAUGCUGAAUCCGAAGGAGUUCAAAAAGGUUAUGAAAGAGGGGCACACAAGUUUAGUAGCGUUCGUAGCGCCUUGGUGCGGGCACUGCCAACGCUUGGUGCCCGAGUACAUGAAGGCGGCAAAGUCCCUCGACCCCAUGGUGCCGCUAUAUGCGGUCGACUGUGAUGCUGAGGAGAACAAGCGCAUCUGCGCGGAGCAGGGCGUGCAAGGCUUCCCCACCGUGAAGCUCUUCCCCCAGGGUGGCGAGCAAGCACCCAUGCCCUACAACGGCGAACGCACAGCCAAGGCUAUCCACGACUGGACCGCACGGCGGGUACCAACACUAGUGAAGAAGUUGAAGGAGGUCACAGAUAUCGCGCCUUGGGUAGAAAGUGACACCUCCAAACCCCGCCUCCUCCUCUUGACCAAGGACAAGAAGGUCCCCCUCCUCUGGAAAGUCCUCGCGAACAACUUCCGAAAGAAGCUCUCCCUGGGCGUGCACAAGGACGAGGACGGCGAGGCGGCGGGAGCCCUGGGCCACGCGCCGACGGGGAAGUCGAUGGUGCUGGUGUUCCCCGAGGGGGAGACGAGGGCGGUGGUUUAUGAGGGCAAGAUGAAGCUCGCGCCCCUCACCGACUUCUUCAAGAGUAUCCUUGAUGGGACGGCGGAUCUGCGUUUGCCGGAGGAUGAGCCUGUCGCCGUUAACCCGGACCAGGUCAUCCUGGACGAGACACCGCUGGACGUUAAGGCAGAGGAGACCAUCGUCGUCGACGAGCCCAUCGUGCCUACGCCUGGGCAUGAGACGCCUGCGGAGGCUACGCAGGAGGCGGAGCAUCCAAAGGAUGAGUUGUAAGCUGGGUUGGUGUGUGUCGAUUGUAGGAGAUCGGCAUCGGAUGUUAGCGCUCUGCAGCAUCGAACGUUAAUGCCUCGGGAGCUUGCCGGGCUUGCUGUAUGUAGGAUAUCUAUGGAUGGGUUCUUGCUUGCUUCA